UUCACACGGGAGUUUGUGGUGGUUCUACUGUACAGAGAAGAAAGCCCUGCUAAAGCAAAAUGUCUGCAGUGCCUGAUGGGAAGAAACUCGUCCGGAGCCCGAGCGGGCUUCGCAUGGUGCCUGAAAACGGAGCCUUUAACUGCCCGUUCUCCCUGGACGAGCCGCAGUGGGUCCCGGAUAAAGAGUGCCCGAGAUGUAUGCAGUGUGACACCAAGUUUGACUUCAUCAGAAGAAAGCAUCACUGUCGGCGGUGCGGGCGGUGCUUCUGUGAUAAGUGCUGCAGUAAGAAGGUGGUGCUGCCCCGCAUGUGCUUCGUGGAUCCGGUGCGUCAGUGUGCGGAGUGCAGCCUGCUCUCACAGAAGGAGAUGGAGUUCUACGAAAAACAGCUCAAAGUGCUGCUGGGAGGCGGCACCUUCGUCGUCACUUUGGGAACGUCAGAGAAGUCUGAAACCAUGACGUGUCGUCUCUCCAACAACCACAGGUAUCUGUUCCUGGACGGUGAGAGCCACUUUGAGGUGGAGCUGUCUCGGAUCUCCAGCAUGCAGAUCCUGACAGACGGGUCGAGUCCAGGAGGUGGUACAUCACGGGCCAGCGGCAUGCUGCUCCACUACAAACCGAUGGGCUCCCAGGACGCCGAGCAGCUCCGCAUGGAGGCAGCAGACGACAAGAAGGUGGCCUCGCUGUGGUUAGCUGCCAUGCACAAGGCAGCCAAACUCUUGUAUGAAUCUCGGGACCAGUGACGUGCAGACGGCAGCAAACCUGAACCUCCAGGCAGCACACACCCAAGUGUUUUACACCCCGCCUCUCUGGGGUCCGGUAUCGUUUGGAUUUUAAUAAUAACGCCAGUUCUGAUUCUGCUUUCCAGUCUGAUUCCUCCUCUGUUCUUGAUAACAGUUUUUAUUACAGUAAUCUCUGCAAGAAAUGUUUAUAAAAACACUUUAUUACCUCUUUAACCUGUACUUUGUAAACGUUUACCACAGUUAUACUGAUGAUCUGGUUUUACUGUCAUCAGAGUUGUUUAAUCUGCUCUUCUUCAUACAUAAAUCAGGGCAGGCAGCAUCAAUAUGUCUACAGUAAUGACGCCAGCUCAGCAGUAAAACAGCAGUAAAAGAAGCGUCUCAUCAACAGUCAGUAUCUGUUGAUCUGAGGAAGCUUCUACUUUUAUUUCCUUUUCUUUUACUUUCACUUCAAACGUGACAUUUUAACUCUGAAAAUCCUUUUUUCAUAACUUCAGAGAUGCCAUAAAACUAAAGAUGGUUUCAUGAAAACACGCUGAUUUUAUAUGCCGCUGGUAAACCAUGUUUUUAUUCACCAGAAGAAGUCAUGUGACACUUUAUGGAUGUUUUUAAUCCUUGAUUUUUCUGACCCCUCUUCCAGACGUUUCAUGCGAGAUGGUUAAAGCAGUCUGAACACAGAUCUUCCAGAUUAAGUAUUGUUUGAUGCAGAUUUAAGGACAGACACACUUUCAAACCCUUUAAAGCAGAGAGAAGAGCAGCCGAGGGUGACGUUCGUUGCAUUUCAGGACAGUUUUGAAAACAAAGUGGAAGGCACAGUGGUACUUUAAAACACAGGGGAGUGUAGAAAGAAAGAAGAAAGAAAGGUCCUGAAUUGCAUGGAACAUCACAGGUUAAUUUUUAAUCUUAACUUAACAGUGGGAUCUUUAGUCCUCACAGAGACCCAAGUUUGUUUUCUCUUUGCUACACGUGUCAACAGAUUUAUACCUUUAGGCCUCUGUGUCUGAGGAAACUACAAACGACUCACUGAUUCAAGUGAAGCAGAAACACACACACCUAAAAAACGCUUUAAAUGUAAAUUCAUGUAUCGAAGUUUUGUAUAAGCUAUUUUGUUAACUCUUCCUACUUUAACACAAAGCGUGUAUGUACUCAUCGUUUUAAGAGCUGAUGUGUGACGAUAGUUUUUGUAAGAUUUGUAAACCGUGAUCCUUUCGUCCUCACGCAAAGACCUAAACUGUCUUUGUCCUUUUUUUAAAAUCUUCAUUAUUAUAAUAAUCCAAAGUAAGGAUGUGAAAUAACCACCUUCCUCUCCCAGAGUAUGUUCAGUCCUGAUGUUGAAGGAUGAUUUGUCUGUUUGGUAGUUUGUUAGUUUGUUGCACUUCCAAGGACCUAUUCUGGAGAAAGACGCAGUCUGGACUGUGACAGUGAGUAAUAUGUUGAUUGAAUGUCCUGAUCGGCAUUUUUAUUGAGUUAAAAAGAUUUCUGAAAGGUGACCGCAGUGUUUUGCAUCUUGUGUGACAUCUUAACAUUCGACCCGCAGAGCUAUACAUUGCUUAUAAUAGCUGCUUCCAUCAUUGUAUGUUCAAACCCUCAAUAACUCCUCUCUCUGUUUAAUAUGAGACACAUCUGUCCCCUGCACACGAGUAAACCAGCAUAAGUUUCUGUUCACAUCCUUCAAACAGAGCCGGGACAUAAUAAGCCACUUCUAUUUAACAUCAUUUUAUGGACUGUGGAGAACGUAGCAGCGAGGGACCCAAGCCUAAACUUUCUUCUUGUGCAGCAAAUGGAAAAUGUUGAGCUUUUCUAGGACUCUGGAAAUCCGACCAACUAUAAUUGUUACAUACAUUUUCACAGAAAAAUGUGAAGUCAGCUCUGUGCAGCGAAUGUAACGGUGUUGCAUGAGAUGCACAAACUGAUGCUGUCUGAAAGUCAGAUUAUAACUGUUUACAAAGAAGCCAAAUGGACCUUUUUCUAACCCAGUUUUACCUGACGGUUGGUUGUGACAUAAUGUCAGCGGAGUAAAACACACUGCCUUUAAUUAUUUACAUGUGCUUAGGUCCGAAAUCCAACAUUUCCCGUCAUGUUCAUUCUUUAAGUUUUUAACCACAAAUUAUUUUAAAUGAAGGAAAGAAAAAUUUGGUGGAACUAUGGCCGCAGUUUGGUAAAAAUCUGACUCUAUAAUAUUCUGCAGUACAGAUUUAAACAUAAACUUAAGAUUGUCAAAACCGAUGUAAGUCAAAAAUAUUCAAAUAUCUUUUUUUUUUUUAUUGACUCUAUAAUGAUGGAUGACACGUCUCAACCUUCAAUCAAUCAAUCAAUCAAUCAAUCUUUAUUUGUAUAGCGCCAAAUCACAACAAACGUUAUCUCAAGACGCUUUUACAAACAGAGCAGGUCUAGACCACUCUAUGUCAAAUUAUGAACAGAGACCCAACACCAAGACAGGGUAAGACUCAGUCUGACCCCACCUUAAUCCAUCAUGAGCAUUGCACAUCGCAGUAUUUAGCUAGUUACAGUGGUGAGGAAAAACUUCCUUUAACAGGCAGAAACCUCGAGCAGAACCAGACUCAUGUUAGACAGCCAUCAUGCCUCGACUGAACCUUGUCCCUAUGUACAAAAGUGAAGCCAAAACAUUGCACCUUUGGAGCCAGAGUCUGUGCAGCAGGGAUCAGCUGAUUGAGCUACAUUAUUCAAGUCAAGCCUCUUCUGCUAAACAAAACAAAAACAUUGAAAUGACUGCAGAGGUCCCUCGGGUCAGUACAGUCCACAUCUAAAGAGGUUGUUGUUUCAGUUUCACGGGUAUAGAAAGUUUAAAGAGUAUUUGUUUUUGUUUCUUUAUUUUCCAACAGAGCCGUCUAACAUGACAUCAUACCGCAUCGAAACUUAGCUCAAAAAUGAGUACUUAAAUCUGUGUGAUAAAAACUGACAACUUCAUGGCCUGUUAACACGACGGAGGCGGGCUUUAAGAUCUAUACUGCAGCCAGCCAGCAGGGGGAGCUCCAAAGAUCUUGGCUUCUUUUCAGGGAGCUGUCUUGUCAUCCAUCUUUUAUACAGUCAUUUUUCUUCUGGAGCUUUCGAGCACACCUCGGUCUUUGUCGUCUGUAGUAGUUUAAUAACACGAUGACAUGCUUAUGUUUUGGAUAGAUGCUCUGGAGAAAGGCUAACAAGUGGACCUUGAUAUGAUGAGACUUAUUUGUCCGUACACUUUCUGGACGUGACCUUAAAUCUGUCAAACACCUGACAUUACAUUUAAUUAAUUACAGUUUAGUCGCUAACACUUUAUAUGCUUUGUGCUAUAAUUAGCUGAGAUUACCAAGUGUCGAUGUUUCAGGAUUAUUUGUAGUUUUAAAAUUUUGUUAGCCUCUUUGUGUCUUCCCCUGUUUUCUAAGUGUGUUAGUAGAGCUUAAAAGUGAUUUUGUGGAGCACAGAAUGUUGGAUAUUUUCACCUUUUUACCCCUUUUUGUCCUUCCCUUUAAGUCCUAUCCAAUGAAAACAAGAAUCACCACCUCCACUUCCACCUCUGUGACAUAAAUUUUAUUUUUAUAUGCUGCUCACCUAAGAAGUAAAAGUGUUGUUUGCUUGUCGUCUUUGAGGAAAGAGAGGAGGGAUGUUGAGGUUUAGUGUAAACGAAGAAGUCUGUGGUUGUUUUCAGUGUUGUGUCAUAUUCAUAUGUAUGUAUGUUCACGAGGACAUCCACAGCUCCGCUCUUCCACGUGUUUGAUUGUGUUGUAAGUUAGCACUAUGUGUAACAUCCCCAAGUCAUGACCCAGCCAGUGUUUGAACCUGCACUUUAUCCCCACUCGGAUUCAAAGUCCUUUUUAUUCCUCUUCCUGCCUUCCUUUGUUACGCUAAACAUGUUGUACCACACUCGUUGGAUUCUUUUGAGAAUAAAAUCAAGUGUUUAUACAUAAA